GGUAGGUAGACAGUGCUACCGAUUUUCUUCUCGUUUUUUUCUCCAAUUUUCUGGCAGUUACUACCAGCCAUGCCUGAACCCUCAAAGUCCGCUCCCGCCCCGAAGAAAGGCUCCAAGAAGGCGGUGACAAAGGCCCAGAAGAAGGACGGCAAGAAGCGCAAGCGCAGCCGCAAGGAGAGCUACUCCGUGUACGUGUACAAGGUUCUGAAGCAGGUCCACCCCGACACCGGCAUCUCCUCUAAGGCCAUGGGAAUCAUGAACUCCUUCGUCAAUGAUAUCUUCGAGCGCAUCGCGGGUGAGGCUUCCCGCCUGGCGCAUUACAACAAGCGCUCGACCAUCACCUCCAGGGAGAUCCAGACGGCCGUGCGCCUGUUGCUCCCCGGGGAGCUGGCCAAGCACGCGGUGUCGGAGGGCACCAAGGCCGUCACCAAGUACACCAGCUCCAAGUGAGCCCGCCCACCGCGGAGUCCGGUCAGUCUCGGCCCACACCCCAAAGGCUCUUUUCAGAGCCACUCAGUCUUCCCAAAGAGAGCUGGCACUCACUUUUCUUACAGCAGAUAUUUCUUAAUUGUUACAAAGAAGAUUUACAAGAUUCCUUACUUUGUCAUUGUUAGAAACUAAUUUUGGCUCAAGCCUCUAAUCCCAGCACUCUGGGGAGCCGAGGCGGGUGGAUCACGUGAAGUUAGGAGUUAAAGACGAGCCUGGCCAACAUGGUGAAACCCUCGUAUCUACUAAAAAUACAAAAAAAUUAGCUGGGCGUGGUGGCGGACGCCUGUAAUCCCAGCUACUCGGGAAGCUGAGGCAGGAGAAUGGCUUGAACCCGGGAGACGGAGGUUGCAGUGAGCCGAGAUCGGGCCAUUGCACUCCAGCGUGGGCAAUAAGAGCGAAACUC